CGUGGUUAAUACUAUUUGGUUUGUGUAUAUAGUUAAAUCCACUUUGUGGGGCGGGGGGCAAAAGCUUGUGAGAGGCCAUUUAUAUCUGUCAAUUACUAAAUUUAAAGCACUUCUUUUUGCUUUCCAAAACUUGUCUUGAUUUCAUUGAAUGCAAAACUAGCUAAGCCAUGCCACUCCAAGCUCCAUGUGAUCUGCAAAUCCAUGUAAAUGGUGAACAAACAUUCUUUCUGCACCAGAAAGUUCUUUCAAGUUUCUCUGGGAAGUUAAGGAAGAUAAUCAAACAAGAAAAGAAGAAAAUUCAGAUUAAGAAUUCAGGUAUUGAGAUUCUUGAUUUCCCAGGUGGGGUAGAAGGGUUUGAACUAAUUUCAAGAUUCUGUUACAACAAUGGCAGAAACAUUAAAAUCACUGUCUCAAAUGUUUGUCUCCUCAUUUGCUCUGCAAAAUUUCUUGAAAUGACAGAAAAGUGGUCAUCUUGCAAUUUAUUGUAUCAAGCUGAGAGCUUUUUUGAAGGAUUGUGCUAUUGGUCAUGGCAUGAUAUUCUGAAAUCCCUAAAAAGCUGUGAAUCUUUUUUUGAUUAUGCAAAUUCUUGUGGGCUGAUUCAAAAGCUUAUAAUUUCACUUUCUGGUACCCUUUUUGGUUCUUCAUCUUCAUCAGCUUCAACUUCUUCAUCUUCAGAACAUAUAAAGCUAUGUUCUUGGUGGUUUGAGGAAAUGACCAUUUUGUCCCCAAAGAUGAUAGAAGUGUUUCUAAGGACUGUAGGUGCUUUUGGUAGUGAAAAUAACAGCUUACUCCUUACAAGAUUCUUGCUUUAUUACUUAAAAACAUCAGCCCAUUUAAGAAAUCAGAACAAUAGUAGUAAUUGUCAAAAUCUGAUUUCAAGAACUGAGUAUGGUGGACUUGCUGACACUGCUGUUCAUGGUGUAGUUUUUAUGGGGAAAACAGCAUUUUCUUGCAGAAAUCUUUUUUGGGUAUUGCGAAUUGUAUCUGGUUUUGGGAUUAGUAAAGAAUGCAGGGGUUGUUUGGAGAAAUUGAUAGGUGGGAUGCUUGAUCAGGCAACACUAGAUGAUAUUCUUGUUUGUGGUCACAAUAUUAGUGGUGUUUAUGAUGUGAAUCUUGUGUUGAGAUUGAUUAGAGUUUUUGUUCAUCAUGAUGAUAAAGUUUCAAUAACAAAAUUGAGGAAUGUUUCAAGUUUGAUUGAUAAGUACUUGAAAGAGAUUGCUCCUGACCAAAGUCUUAAAAUAUCAAAGUUCCUUGGUGUUGCUGAGAGUCUACCAGACUAUGCAAGGGAUUGUUUUGAUGGGGUCUACAGAGCCAUUGAUAUCUAUCUUGAGUCUCAUCCAAUCCUGUCAUUAGAGGAAAGAUCAAGAUUAUGUAGAUGUCUUAACUAUGAGAAACUAAGCCUUGAAGCAUGCAAGGACUUAGCAAAGAAUCCAAGAAUUUCACCAAGAAUUGCUGUGAAGGCACUUGGAUCUCAGGGUAUUUCAACAACAAAAGACAAUAACAGACAAAUGGUUUUGUACAAGACAAACAAGAGUGAUUAUCACAGUUCAAGUACUACUAGUGAUCAACAGAGUACUUUGCAAGAAGAGGAACAUGAAUAUAUGAGGCUAAAUUUGCAAAAGAUGCAAUGGAGAGUUGUGGAGUUGGAGAAAAUAUGUAGAGAUAUGAAAGGCCAAAUGACUAAAAUGGUGAAGACAGAGACUCAUACUAGAGCUUUGCCUAGGCUUUGUAGAAGUCAGUACUUCUAAAAAUAGGAAAAGAAAGAGGACAUAUGUUGAUAAUUCACAUGUGUCGGUGGAGUGAUAAGUACUGUACUCAUUCGUCCUUAAUCAAAAAAUUUAGAUUUGAGUCCUUUGUAUGGAA